UGAUUGAAAGAACUUGUCUGGGCAGACUUGUGUGUUUGUGUUCUUGUCCGUGCAUCCAUGCGGGUGCAUUCUGAGAACUGCUUCAAGGGGUUGUAAGGGUUUGGCCAAUAUUGUCGCUAAAGAAAUAACCAUAACAGCUAACAUGGCAAAAUAAUAGCUAGCAUUGUGCGCGAGAAGGAGAAGUGUCUACGAGUGACGGGAAAAGCGGCCCAGAAUUCCGCGCGGGUGUCCGUGAUCUUGAUCCGGCAUCGUGCCGAGCUUUGGACAUAAAUACGGAUCAAAUUGCAGUGAGUCAGCCGCCAUGAAAAUUGCAUCGUUCAACGUCCAGAAGUUUGGACGAAGCAAAGUGUCCGACCCAGAAGUCGUUCAGAUCCUGGUGGAGAUUAUCCGCCGCUAUGACAUCAUCGUGAUCCUCGAGGUGGUGGACAUCAGCGGCACGUCCAUCGAAACCCUUUUGGAUGCGCUCAACACGGCCGACGUGACUCAUCACUACACGAUGAAGCUCAGCAGUCGGCUGGGACGAUCCAGCUACAAGGAGCAGUUCUUGUUCUUGUACAGGGACGACUUGGUGGACCUUGUGGGCUCGUAUCAGUUCGACGACCAGGGGACCGACGGCAGCGACGUCUUCGCCAGGGACCCUUACAUCCUGAGGUUCCGAUGCCACGGCACCGUGCUGAAGGACCUGGUGAUGAUUCCCGUUCACACCAAACCGGACGAUUCGGAGACCGAGCUCGACGAGCUCUUUGACGUCUUUGAGGAUGUCAAGAAGAAGUGGCGGACUGACAACGUGAUGAUCUUGGGCGACUUCAACGCGGACGGCGCGUACGUGUCCGAUCGCGAAAUGCAGGCCAUCCGCAUUCGCAGCGACAAAAACUUCCACUGGCUGAUCGGAGACGACGUGGACACCACGGCCAGCACGGGCAACGCGUACACGUACGACAGAAUCGUGGUCUACGGAGACGACAUGCUCCGCGCUGUGGUCCCCAACUCCGCCAGACCCUUCAACUUCCAGAAAGCGUUUGACCUCAGCAACGAACAGGCGCUGAAGGUGAGCGACCACUACCCGGUGGAGGUUGAGCUCAGGUCUCUCACCAAGCCGCCGCAAGAAAAUGAAGGUCCACGAUUGAACAGCAAACUGCUGGAGCUGAAGCGAGGAAACCUGCUGCUGGAGCGUGAGAAACUCAACCUGGAGAUCCAGAUUCUGCAGAUGAAACUGGCCAAGAUGAGGCGAGGAGAUGAAAAAGAACGACUGCUGCUACAGCUGCCAGACCACCAGCCGGCCUCUCGCUGCAAAAUACAGUGAAAUAGUGACACAUUGUUUAGGACUGAAGCCACUAGACUGGUCUACAGGUCAAACCAAGUCCCAGAGGGCCUUCUCAGGGUGACAAUAAGUUCAUUUCGACACCAAUCUGCUGACUUUAAGAGAUUUCAAUAUCGGAGUUGUUUAUAGCCAAGUAUCAUAACGUCGACUCGUUGAUUACGCCACAGUGACCUCUUUUACAUCGGACCUAUACAUCCAGUUUACAGACAUUUUUGUUAAUUGUCUGAUAUUUUGUUUUUUAAACUAUAUUUCAGUUUACACCCUAUUUGGAGGCGUGUCACGGUAGGUUAUUGGAUCACGUGUCUGCCUCACAGUUUUGAAUCUCGUUCCUGUGGAUUUUCUCUGGCUUCCUCCCGCUUUCCAAAAACAUUCACGCAAGACUUAAAAUUGUCUAUAGGUUCUACAAUUGGCUGGCGACCAGUCCAGGGUAUACCCCCACUUCUCUCCCCAAAAGUCAUGUGGGAUGGACUUCAACUCACCGCAAUCCUGAUGAAGAUAAUUGAUGCUCCUGCCUUUCAUGUAUCACCCAUCUAACAAUCUAUCAUGUGAUUUUUUUUUUUUUUUUUUUUUAAAUAUGUUGGAGUCGAUAAUACUCUAAUGAUCUCAAUACAGACACUUGUGGAACGCCACUGUCCUUUUAAUGCAUAUGAUAGUCAUGUUUACCAUAGUGCUGCUUGCCGUCAAGUGCCCGUGAAUAAAGUUUGCGCUCG